CUGCCCAGUGCAGGGUAUUCACAGCAGUUUUGGGCAGGGAUCCUGUGUCUGCAGGAAGGCAGGAUCCCCAUGGAGCAGCAGCUGCUGUGUGGGGAUAACUCCCCAUUACACUCCCAAAGGGGAGGAGAGGCUGAGGGAUCAAGCUGAGCAUUGGGCCAUAGGAAGCACGUUUUAAUUAUGCUUCCAGACUAAUUGAAAGGAUGGGAACAGCGAGACAGGGAUGUGACAAGUGCUGGAUCAUUCCUGCUCAGAUCCCUCAGGAGGGGGAAGGUUUAGCCUCAGCCUCUCACCCUUGUGCUCUUGCUUCCCCCUCCCUCUGGGUUAUGCCCAGUCUUGCAGGGGUGGCUGGACCAGCCAGAGUCUCUUCCUUUGGAUACUGAGCCUCAGGGCUGGAAGCAGGGGGUUAUUUCCCCCGGGGGAACUGGGCAGCACCUCCCCACCCUGAGCUGCAAGUGGAGAGCAAACACAGCUCAAAAUACUCCUCGCAGUACACACAGCCCCCCAUCCUCAGCCUACCUCUGGCUCCAUCACCCCUCCAAGGUGGGCAAAUCCACAGAGAUUUCAACAUAAGCAUCCCAGGACUUUCUCUUCCAUCUCUUCCCAACCAGCAGAGAAUGCCAGGAGGUGGCAGGAGAAGGGGAGAUGGCAGGGAUUGACACCAACCCCAGAGAAAUCAGAGGGGUGCAACAUUCCAGAAGCAGUUGGACAUUGCCAGUCCCUGUGACUCAUCCCAAAAGGAUGAGCUUCAAGCUGGACAGUGCAGCACAGCCCAGGGAUUCAUCAGGAGCAGCCCUGCAUGGGGAAGCUGCAAGGCCACCAGCCUGGGAGAUGCUGCUGGUCUGGUGACAGCCAGGACGUCAUGGAGAGCUUCAACAUGUACAUGCAGGCAGGAUGAGCCCUGGGCUUGCCUCCUGUUUGUCCCCAAGGGAAUGUGUCCCUUGACUGGGAUGGGUUUAGCUUCAUGGUCUGGCACUGGCACUCCUGGAUUUUACCCACAGCCUUGGCUGUGCCUCACUGAGGCAUCAGAGAACAGGCACCUACAUCUGGAGAGCCUCUGGGACACAGGCACUUGCAAAGUGAGAUGAUAUAAAGUUCUCCAAAUGGAAACCAAAGCGGAUUUGAAACCAGGCGCCAGAGGCACCUUCUGUUUUUUACUUGCAAUUUCUCUUUCAUUCUGACUGAAACAGCGUCUUACCUUGUGCCAGGCGAGUCCUUGGCUGGUCCAUGUGGUCACAGGGCACAGAAACAUCAGCCCAAGCCCUGUCUGGACCCACAGGUGAGGGUCAGCUGGGUCAGGCUCCCAGCAUCAACCCUGCCAGUGACACUUCCAAGUUUUCCAGCCCUGGCAUCAUUCCCAGCCCAGUAUCACCCCCCUACCUGCCCCAGCCCCUGCUGCUCUGACCCCCCUGUUCUCAUCCCCAUGUGUCCUCACCCUCCCACCCUGCCCAACACGGGGCUCAAACCAUAGUGAUGUUUUAUCCCAGAGCUCCUUCCCCAUUGGCCUGAAGCCCUGGGCCAUCCUCCCCCCCCCCCCCAGCCUGCCCUGGGCUGCACCCCAUUCCUGGGGCUCUCCUGCUCCCUCACUGGGCGGGAGGUGGUUUCUGAAGGGAGAAGGACCUUUGCCAGUCACUCUGGCAGCACUGAGAGCCCAAAUCGAUGUCCUGGGCUGAAUCUUCCUCCCUCCACCUCCCCGUGGCUGUUCCUGAUCGUGCACAAGGCAGAGAAACUGAGGCAAUGCCCGAGAGGCCUCGUGGCAUCAAUUCACUGUCCCCCUGGGUACCAGAGGGGAGAGAUUCUGCUGCCCCUGGCCUGGCUCUGCAGCCGAGGCAGGAGGAGCCUGAUUGGUCCCAGGGCUCAGCUGGGGCAGUUUAACCACAAACAGGUUUCACCUGGAGCAGGUGGGUCUGGGGGCAGAUCCACAACCACCCCUGCAACUCAUUCAGGGUGGUUAUGCUUAUAAACCCACAGCCUCCUCACAGCAAGGGUUCCCUCUCUUUUUCCUUUUUUGUUUUUAAUUUUUUUUUUAUUCAAUUUUUUUUUUGGCUUUGUGUUUUGGGAGCCUCAGUUUGGAGCUGGGGAGAGUUGGGAUCUGCUGUCUCUGGGUAUCUGGAAUGUACUGCUAAGUCUUUCCACCCUUCCCAGCGCUGCCGAGCAGAUCAAGGACAAUGUCAUCAUGCAGCUCAGGGGGGGCCUCAGGGCUCGAUUCCCGGCCCAGAUGCAACACUCCAGGGCCGGUGCAAGGAAAUUCCUUCCUGGCACGGCACCUCCUCCCCCCGCGGAGCCGCUCGCUCGCCCUGCUCAGCCAGGAGGACGCCUUGGAGAGCUUCGACGGCUCUGCCAGAAGGGUCCGUGACCUGAGUGAUGCUUUGGGCUCUGACCUGCUGGACCGGAGCUGCUCCCUCCCCGACCCGCAGCUGGUCCGCAGGAUCGUGUCCCAGGUGGAAUUCUACCUGUCCGAUGAGAACCUGGCCAGGGACGCUUUCCUCCUGAAACACGUCCAGAAGAACAAGAUGGGCUUUGUCAGCAUCAAACUACUGACAUCCUUCAAGAAGGUGAAGUACCUGACACGUGACUGGCAGCUCACGCUCUACGCCCUGAAAUUCUCGGAGCUGCUGGAGGUGAACAAGGAGGGCACCAAAGUGAGGCGCCGGGUGCCCAUCCCCGAGGCCCUGCUGAGCAUCCCCCCCAGCAAACUGCUGCUGGCCUGGGAGCUGCAGCCCCAGGAGCAGGACCCACUGCUGCUGCCACUGCUCCAGGAAAACUUCCUGGAGAUCAUCCUGAGGAUGUUCAGCCCCUUCGGAGCCAUUGCCUCCAUCCGCGUCCUGCGGCCGGGCCGAAAGCUGCCCUCGGACGUGAGGAGAUACUCAGCCAAGUUCCCCGAGCUGCUGAGCAGGUGCUGUGCCCUGGUGGAGUACGAGAGCCUGGACAGCGCCUGCAGGGCCUUCGAGGACCUCGGGCACCGUGACUGUGACAGUGGCAUCAAGGUGGUCCGGCUGUGCGGGAAGGGGAACAGGAGGAAACCUGGGGAAGAGAGGCAGGUGGUGGAGGAGCUGGUGGAUCAGCCAGGCUGGAAGGUGCAGGGAGCUGCCCUGAGCCUCCCCUACAGCCACGAGGACUCCCUGCUCUGCAGCUCUCCAGGGUCGGAUGAUGCCUCGGGGCCGCUGUCCCUUCUCCUGAACAAGGACCCCGUGGCACCUGCCUGGCCUGGCAGCAACUUCAAGCCUGGGAAUUUCAGCGCCUUCACCGGAUCACUCAUCACCAGCAGCAAGGUUUUCCCUCCUCUUGGGCUGGGCUUGGGAACCAGCAGUUGCUACAGCCCCCGCAGCAGCACCAAGAGCCCCUGCAGUGGCUGGGGGGGCACCACAGGUGCCUGGGGACCCUGGAGCAGAAGCCCCUCUCCUGAUAUUGAACCUCCUCCAGGAAAUCCCCUGGCACCAAAGUGGGUGUCUGAGCCCCUCAGCCUGUGGGAUGAGGUCCUUCACCUGCCCCACAGCCCCGAUGACACCAAAGGCUUUGGCAGCAACUUUGGGAGCGGAAAGCUCGUCCUCCGGCACUGAGGCUCCUUCGCAUUUGGGGUUGAGGCUUGUUAUUUUCUUUCUUUUCCCUCCUUCUCUCGAGCAGAAGAUUUCUCCGUGGCCCCAAGAGCUGUGGGCGCUGGCAGUGCAGCUGCUCCAGGGGACGGAAGUCUUGGGACAAGGACGAUGCUCGAGGCGAGAGGCUGAGCAGCAGCAGGAGCUGUGCUGUGCUCAUGCCAGUGGGACUGUUCUUGCCUGGGGCCCAGAGUUAGGAUGGGGUCCAGGUUUUGGAUGGGAAAUGGGCAAAUAAAGAGAGAUUAAUUUUCCAGGCA